GCCAUCGAGUUCUUGUUUCGUUUGGUUGCCCUUGAUCUGCUGCUGCGAGCUGAGCUACUGCGGAAGAAGAAGAAAGAUCAGAAAAAUGGAAGAUGUUAUUACAGAAGCUCCUCCUCCUUCCAGAUUCUCCGAAGAAGACCUCAGCAAUUUCACUUCUCCAUCCCCACCCAUUCCUUCUCCAUUUCUCUUGUUCUCUGACCGUCACCUUCAAUCCCUCCGACCUUCCCUCCUCAUCAUUCUUCUUUCUUCCCCUUCCCUCUAUCUCUUCCACUCUCUCCCCCAUAAAACAUUAAUUGGAUCCCUCAUCCUCCCUGAGAUCCCUCUCUCCGGCAAGUCUAUCGAGCCCUCUCUCACCGACGCCACCUGCAACAUCUACUCCCUCGAUUCUCACGAUGCUGUUGUUGUAUCCGUUCAGUGUGCUGUCUCCCCCGAGCGGUCUCAUUCUGUGGCGAAGCUUCUGAUUGGUGAUCGAAUUGCGCCUAAAAGGGUUGUCAUUUUGGAUUCAAUUCGGAUCCAGAAUUUUCGCAGUCGGUUGUCGUCGGACGAGGCGUUUGCCUUCAAGCUGGAGACUUCGGCGGAGAGGAAAAGUGGGGUUGAUGAGAAAUUGUUGAAGGGUCUGGAGUAUUAUCCUUCUGGGAGCGUCGUCGAUGGGUUGAGUGCUGCCCUUCUGGGGCGAUGCCAGAUUCUGAAUAUCAGAGGAGUUUUAUGCGUUUCUUGGCCUGAAUUUGAUGCUUCUGUGGUGUCUCUGGUGAAGGGUUUAAUGCAAAGAGAUGUCUUACCGGGCUUGGACCUAAGUUUGAGCCAUGAAAAAGGUGAUGAACUUCCUGUUAAGUUUGGUCGGAGUAAGGACCAUCUUUCUCAAUUUGAUUUGUACACUUGAUGUAUUAAUCAACUAUGACAUUAUGCUAGGCUGUUUUCUUCUUCAAUUCUGAAAUAUAUAGUUUGCUCAUGCAAGACUUCGAACAAGAAUGUCUAUGGUUUUAACGUUUACUGAUUUUAGAUCA